AAAGAAUGUCCUAUAUGUGAAGAUGAUACAGUUGAUUUGCGAUUACCUCAUUGCAAAAAAAAUGUUUACUUGAAUCAUCGAAGGUUUCUUCCGCGCACACAUCGUUAUCGUGCAUUGAAGAAGGCAUUUAACGGAAAAAUUGAGCAUGAAAUAGCUCGUCCACCAUUAAAUGGUCAUGAUGUGUAUGAUAGGGUGAAAGAUUUGAACACAAUCUUUGGAAAACCUUAUAAGCGGAACAAGCAGAGCCUUUGGAAAAAGAAAUCUAUAUUUUGGGAGCUUCCUUAUUGGAAAGACCUAUCAGUAAGGCACUGUCUUGAUCUCAUGCACAUUGAAAAGAAUGUGUGUGACAACAUCAUUUCGACUAUUUUGAAUGUUCCUGGAAAGUCAAAAGACGUCAUAAAUAUUCGCAAAGACAUGGUUGAACAUCUGAAUAUUCGGAAAGAAUUAGCACCACAACCACGUGAGAAUGGAUUUUUUCUUCCACCAGGCAGCUAUACAUUAUCAAAGGCUGAGAAAAAAAGUUUAUGUGAGUGCUUACAUGGGAUAAAGGUGCCAUCAGGGUAUGCGUCUAAUAUUAGAAAUAUUGUAUCACUACAAGAUAUGAAAUUGAUUGGGUUGAAGUCUCACGACUAUCAUGUUUUGAUGCAACACUUGUUACCUGUUGCUUUAAGAGGUCUUCUACCUCAUCAUGUUCGGCAUGCCAUUAUGAGGUUGAGUUUCUUCUUCAAUUCCAUAUGCCAGAAAGUAAUUCAUCCAGAGAAACUUGAUGCUUUGCAAUCAGAAGUGGUUGUUACAUUAUGUCAACUCGAGAUGUACUUUCCGCCAUCGUUGUUUGACAUUAUGGUGCAUCUUGUUGUGCACUUAGUCAGAGAGGUAAAGAUGUGUGGACCGGUGUUUUUGAGGUACAUGUACGGAAUGGAGAGACACAUGGGGUAUUUAAAAUCAAAAGUAAAAAACCGUUGUCGACCGCAAGGUAACAUCAUCAGAGGUUUAAUUGAUGAAGAAGUCAUUGAAUUUUGUACGCCAUAUUUAACUAAUGUGGAAUCUUUGGGGGUACCAAAGUCUAGACAUGAUGACAGACUUGAAGGAAAGGACACUCUUGGGAAGAAACAAGUAAAGAAUGUGGAUAAUGAUUUGUUGGGAAAGGUUCAUCUUCUCGUAUUGCAUCAUCUUGAAGUAUUUCAUCCUUAUGUGCAACAACAUAUGAAUGUCUUGAGAUCCCAGUUUCCUUUGAAAAGUGAAAUCUGGUUGACUAAAGAACACAACCGAACCUUUGCAUCUUGUUUUAGGGAUUUAAUUUUCAAUGGCACUGAUAAUGUAUACUAUGAUGUUGAUGAUGAUAUGAAGUGGUUGGCCUAUGGUCCUAAACGACCAAUUGAUUCUUUUGAAGCAUAUGAUAUCAAUGGCUACACUUUUUAUACUACCAGACAAGAUGAGAAGUCAGUGUUACAUAAUAGUGGUGUGUCUGUGAUAGCAUCUUCGACUGAGUAUGCUAGUGCAAAUGAUCAAAAUCCAUUAAAUGCAAGGUUGUCUUACUAUGGAAAAAUAGAAGACAUUUGGGAGUUAAAUUACACAGCUCGAUCUUUUGCCAUUUUCAAGUGUCAAUGGGUUGACAUUCGUCGAGGGGUGCAAUGUGAUGACACUGGAGUCACAUUAGUAGAUUUUAACCGAUCAGGACAUCGUGGUGAUCCGUUCAUACAUGCAUCACAGGCCGAACAAGUGUUUUAUGUAAAAGAUCCUUCAAAUGAAUGAUGGUCCAUUUGUUUACCCGGCAAGAAAAAGAUUACAUGUAAUUUUGAGGAUGAGGAAGAUGAUUAUGUUGAGGAAAUGCCCUCAUUAUCUAUCGGGAUGCGUGAAACAAACAUAAGAUAUGAUCACAAUGAGGAUGAUCUUCCCUUUAUCGCACACCAUAAUGAUGGCAUUGAAGUGUUAACGGAAAAAGCUAAGUGAGGAAUUGUACACACUAUGAGAGACGACGACGAAGAUGAGCCUGGUCAUAAUCAAGAUCCUCAUGGUGGCAGUGGCGGUCAAAGAGACAGCGAGGGGAGAAAAAUAAUUGAAUUUGCUGAUACCGAUGCUGUCAUCGGUGAGUGGGUUGAAGAGUUUAAAUCAUUCAUGGGGAAGAUGGUACGUUCCCGAGUGAGUAUAAACAUUGAUAGUUGGAAGAAAGUUUCAAAAACGAAUAAAGAUCAAAUCUUUAAAGAGAUACAGCAUGACUAUGCUGUGGAGGAUAAUAUGAAAAAACCAUUAUUGAAAAAGUUGGGCAAAAUGCACCGAGAUUGGAGAAAUUGAAUGCGAUCAGGUUUCAUAAAUAAGACUCGUCAAGUGGGAAAGGAUUGUGGGGAAGCUUUUGAGAAGUAUAAAGACCAACUUACCAAAGAAGAGUGGGAUAGUUUCGUGGUGAAGACUAUGACUCCUAAGUUUGUGGAUUUGAGCGAUAAGAAUAAACAAGCUGCACUUCAGAAUAUCUAUCCUCAUCAUAUGGGUCGUUCAGGAUAUGUUCUUUCCAUACCGAAAUGGAAAGAGCAAGGAUUAUUAGAUCAGUUUCUUACCGGUUCAGAAGUAGAUUCAACGAACUCUAGCACAACCACUUCUGGUGAUAUUCCAAGACAUGUCACUUUGUUUUGUGCAAGGUCUGGAUUAAUAGCGGACGGUCACAUCGUGUUUCCUGGUAAUACUGAGGGCAUGCGCGAGAAAAAAGAGAAGUUGGAUAAACUUCAAGAAGAUGUAGCAGCAGGAACGUGGAAGCCAAGUGGUCGACAUGAUAUAUUGACGGAGGUUGUUGGGAAGCCUGAUUACCCUGGACGUGCACGUGGCGUCGGUGGUGGUGUGGGUUAUACACAUGUCUUUGAUCGAGAGCCGAGAAGCACACAUCGAAAUAAGGUUGGUAAUUUGAGUGAUGUUGACCUAAAGCAGUUGCAAGAGCGAUUGAUGAAAGACAUGCAACAUUACUUUGUUCCAAGAAGUGAAGUGCCUAUCGGGGAUUCAAUGCCUGCUUCUGAGGUGGCCCAUGUGGAUACUAUGAACUCUGCUGCACCCCAUCUUAAAAAAACAUUCAUUGAUGGUGCAUCUUAUAGGCUUGCUGUUCAGUCACACACUCAUCCUGGUGAUAAGAGUUUGGACUUUGUGGCCAUGGAUGUAGCCUACAACACGCCUGUUGGGUCGUUAAUCCAUAAUGUACCGAUGUGUGAAAACACAAUCAAAGUGAACAUAUGUAUGGCAUAUCGAGAGUUUGAAGACUGUCCAUUGCUUUAUCCUAAUGAAGCCGUUGAUAUGAAUGUUGUAGCAGACGCUGUAGGUUCAUAUGUUCAAUGGCCAUCUCAUUUGUUUUUUUUUUGAGGGAGAGGAACCACCGUCUAAGUCAAAAAAGGAGGAUGGAGCUAAGAAAAAAGUAUCCUUUAUCGUGAGAGAUUCACCAAAAGUAACGGUUGAACCCAGCUCACAUUCAUUGGUCAGAGAAACUGUUCUUCAUUCACUUACAGAUGAUCUUUUAAGAUUGCAUGAAAAUCUUGAGUGGUAUGAGCCCGAUCUUUGUAAGUUUUCUAUUCCUCUUCCUGCGGAGUUGUUCUGUUAUAUUGAUGAUCAGCAAUUUGGGACCAUUGUUGACCGUGAAGACUUGAGUCAAUUUCUGGAGAGUGAUUAUGUUGAUCUUUCAAUUAUUCAGACCUUUAUGUUGUAAGUAUUAUAAUAAUUUUACAAACACUCUUGAAUAUUUGUUAGACUUAAUUACUAUUGUCUAAUUAUUAAUAUUAUAAUUUCACAUGCAUGUAGUUGUGUAAAUGCAAAACUAAUUGAGUUUGGUCGUGAUGAUGUGAGUCUUUUGUGUCCUUGGAUUUGUUCUUUUAAGUAUUAUAAAUUGGAUAAAAAGGGCACACUGACUUACAUGAAGCAUGCUCUGACUGAAAUGUUUGAAAAGAAUAUCAUUCUCUUGGCAUAUAAUGAAGGGUAUGAUUCAUAUAUUACAUUCGCUUUUACAUAUUAUAUUUAUUGAUCGUGACAUAUGAAAUAUUAACCCAUUUUCUAUUCUCUUGGGAAACAUAGGUAUCAUUGGGUUUUGUUUGCAAUUUGUCCAAAGGUUGAUAAGGGCUAUAUUUUCAAUUCAUUGCCAAGUUAUUCCAAUAUUGCUAUUCAAAAAGAUCUUACGAUGAUGUAUAGAGUUGCGUCUACACAAAAGGGUCGUGGCAAGCCGAUCAAAUGGCAUAAUAUGAAGGUUUGGAAUGCAAGAACUGAGCCAUAUACAACGGAGGAGUUUGAUGACAUUAGAAAAGUAUGGGCUAGAUUUUUUGUAGAUGAAGUGUUAUGACUAUGUAGGAUUGUGAAAAUCAAGCAAACUUGAAUGUAGUUUUAUUAUAUUGUGAUACAAAUUUGUACCUUUUGAAUUGAAUUUGUGCGAAACGAUUUUAUCGUUAUUCUGGUUUUAUGAAUGAAUGAAUGUGUUUUUUUGGUUGACAA